UUUGGGUUUGUUUGUGAUUAUAUAUACUUUUCUUUUUGGUCCAUUUUUCUUUGUAUAAUCUUUCUCUUUCCCGUUUUGCCCCUCGUGAUCCUGCGUAUUCUCUCUCCGUACCGUUCAUUCUUCUUGUUCUUCGUCGCCGUCCAUGGCUGUCUUCGUUCUGUUACUCUGUAUUGUGAUCUUGUCUUCUUCUUCGCUACAAUCGGUUUCGUCUUUGGCUCUUUGUGGUUUCGAAGACCCGAAUUCUUGGUUGCUCAACGAAAUCCAAUCCCGAUGCCCGCUGUCGGUCUCCCCCAAUUCGCCUCUUCAGGUGACUGGAAGCUUCCUUGAUAGAACUCUGGCAUCUAAACAGAGAACUGGAUAUACCUCCAUCCUCUUUUAUGCUUCUUGGUGUGAAUUCUCGCGCAGUACAUAUCCAAAAUUUGAAGCCCUCAGCUCCAUGUUCCCUCAAAUAGAACAUUUGGCAGUUGAGGAAUCUUCUGCUAUGCCAAGCGUGUUUUCAAGAUACCGAAUCCAUAGCUUGCCUUCGAUAGUAAUGGUGAACCAGACAUCAAGGGUGCGAUAUUAUGGCCCGAAAGAUCUUCGCUCCCUCAUGCAAUUUUAUGAGAAAACCACAGGACUUGAACCAGUUCAAUAUCUUGAUGUGGAUCAGCCAAACGGCUCAGAAAGUGGUGGAGAAUCCGCAAUCCAGUUGAUGAAUGGUUCGGCACUGAGAGCGGAAUGGAAGAGGGAACCCUACUUUGUUUUCUCUAUAUUGUUCCUCUGUUUGAGGAUACUUGUAGCCGUAUUCCCAAGGGUUCUAUCUCGGCUCAAAGCCUUCUGGGUCUCCUGUGUUCCUCAUCUGAACUUGGGGAUAUUCGGAGAGACGAGCCAGAUAAUGGGGCGCAUCAGCCACAUGAUUGAUGUUAGAGGUAUUUGGAUGAAGCUGAGACAAUGCAAGACAAGGAAUUUGCAUGAAGGUGCGAGGAAUGCUCGGGUUUGGGCGUCUUCUCUGGCUUCGGUCUCUUUGGGUGAGUCUUCAUCAGUGAGAUCAUCACAUUAGGAGGGCGGAACUGUAGUGUUGUACAAGGCAGUUGAGGGUGGUAGGAAGGAGCUUUAUUGAUCAGAGUGUGUACUAUAAGAACUUAUGCGGGUGCUGUUGCGCCGGAUAGUCUCCCUCUCUCUCUCUCCCUUUCUCAAAAUUUUUAUUUGUAAUGAUGAUAGCUUAAGCUGUUGUCCUUGUUUGAGUUGGUUUUUUGAGAUACAAAGCAAACAAGCAUGUAAAUCUGCAAGGUCUCUUUUUGUGUAAAUUAUUUUGGCUUUCUGGAGGAACAUCUCUAAGAAUAUUAACUCCUC